AUGGCUUCUUGUAGCCGUCGUCGCCAUCGCCGGAGAGAAGGUGGAGCAGUCGAGCGGGAGGCCGCGGCCGGUCCUCCUCGCCGUGGGAGCCGUUGCUUCUUCAAGUUCAUACUCUCCGGCGCGCUCGACUCUGGGAAGCUCGGAAUUCCAAAGAAUUUCUUGAGAAGAUGUGGGAAGGAUCUCUCAAACUCGGUGCUUCUCAAGGUUCCUGGCGGUUCAACCUGGACUAUAGAACUAGAAAAGCGUAACCAUGACAUGGUUUUGUUGGGGAAAGGGUGGCGGGAAUUCAUGGAGCAUUACUCCAUUGGUUAUGGUCACUUCAUAGUUUUCAAAUAUAAAGAGAACUCCACCUUUCAUGUAAUAAUAUUCGAUAAGAGUGCUUCAGAGAUAGAUUAUUCCUCGAGCAGGGGCAAAACAUCAUACCUUGGGAGUGAACUUUUCUCGCCAGAAGCAGAAGAUGUUGUGGAAACAGAUCUUCUGGAGGAUGUCACACCCCAUCAAAGAAUGAGGAUGGAGCCACAUUUACCUUGUUCUCAGCUAGGUCCGAGCUACUCACCGCGAGGGUCUGAAGUUUCCAUGGAUACUGACCCUGAAGAACCACAUCUGGCUCAAGCUCAAGCUGGCCUGACAGAGAGGAGUAAACAGCCAACAUGCGGAGCGAGUCAUUCUGAGCUAGAUUUUCACGGUCCUAUGCUUCCAAGGCCUCUCACUACUCUUGAAUUAACCCGCAAAAUUAAUUCCGAAUAUCCCUUUUUCAAAAAGGUGAUUAGGCGAUCUUAUAUGAGUAAACUGAGUAUUCCAGGUGGAUUCUUCAAGCAGCAUAAGCUGGAAAAGCAAAGAGCAACUCUAAGGCAUGCCAACAGAUCAUGGUCAGUGGGGCUUGGCGGGAGCAACGGACAUGUCAGAGGGGCUUUGUGUCUGUUCUUUUCUGCUGGUUGGCGUGCAUUUGCAAGAGAGACUCAUCUGCGCAUAGGAGAUGUCUGCAUGUUCGAGCUAAUUGAUAGGGAUGAUAUUGUAUUCGAAGUCUCCGUUUUGAGUGUUCAUCGCAGGAACAAACUGUCCAAACGCAGAGUGAAUCAUCAUGAGCUGGUUAUUCGUGGUCCUACACCUCCAAAGCCCCCCACCACACCUGAAGUAGCCAGUGAAUUUGAGUCGGAGCAUCCCUUCUUCAAAGUGGUGAUACGGCAAUAUCAUAAGAGACAAAUGUAUGUUCCACUUCAAUUUUCCCAGCAAUAUAUUCAAGAAAACAAGGAAAUGGCGACUCUCAGGUUUUCAGAUAGAUCGUGGCCGGUGAAGCUCUUAAGGUAUACGCAUAAAAACAAGGUGUAUUUCUCAGCUGGUUGGCAUGCGUUCGCAAGAGAAACUGAUCUGCGUGCAGGAAAUGUCUGCUUGUUUGAGCUCAUCGAUAGGGAUGAGACAGUGUUCAAAGUCUCCAUUCUGAGAGGUGCUGGUAAUGACCUGAUUCAUGUUAAUGGAGAUGAGCAUCGGAAGUAUUACCUGAGGCCAUUGCAGCAUCGAAAUGAAAUCAGGUUUCAAUUCUAUUACUACCUUGCUUGGAAAGAACCUCCCAAAUCAGUGAAUCUUUAUGGUUUUGCACAGCGGCUCAACCUGACCAGUGGAUCUACAGGACAGUGA